CACCAGACCGAUACACACAUAGAUGAAUGACAUUACUUGCUGACACAGACGCACGCUGGAAUCGGCAGCCAACAUGGGGGAAUCCAGGACAGAAUUGAUCGCGUGGCUUAACGACCUGCUCGCGUUGAGCUACACCAAGGUCGAGCAGUGCGGUACCGGCGCCGCUUACGCGCAGAUCAUCGACAGCAUCUACGGCAAUGUACCGAUGGGCAAGCUCAACUGGACGGCCAAGCAGGAAUAUGAGUACCUGAACAACUUCAAGGUUCUCCAGGAGGCCUUCAAGAGGAACAAGAUCUCCAAGCCGAUCCCAGUCGAGCGUCUCAUCAAGUGCAAGAUGCAGGACAACCUAGAAUGGCUGCAGUGGAGCAAGAGAUUCUGGGACAGCAAUUUCCCCGGACACGAAUACGACCCGGAAGCGCGGCGUGGUGGUGCGGCGGCUGUUCCCCCACCAUUGCACGGAGCCGUGACGGUCGGCGCGGCGCGUAACCUCGGCGGUGCACCGCGUGCCGCAGCAGGCAGCGCGCGAGCGUCGACGACCACAGGCGCAGCACGCAAGCCCGCGAUUGGCGGCGCGUCUACUGCACCACGAGCGCGCGUAGGUGCGCCCGCAUCGUCGGGCAGUGCAGGCGGUGCGGGCGGCGUGUCGAACGAGGCGCUUAACAUGCUUACGGCACAGAUGGAUGAGCUCAAAGUAAGCGUCGAUAGUCUGGAGAAGGAGCGGGACUUUUACUUUGGCAAGCUCCGCGAGAUCGAACUGCUGGUCCAGGAGCGGCUCGGAACUGGGGAAGAGGGGUCUGAGCAGCUAGCCGAAGGGGCAGAAGCGGAGACACUCAAGGGCAUCCAGCAUGUUUUGUACAGCACAGAAGAGGGCUUUGAGGUCCCAGAAGGCGCCGAGGUACCCGCUGUUCUCGACGAGGAGGAGACUUUUUGAGCGGUCGUGAUCGAGCCAGUAGCAUGUACUGCAACAUGUACCACAUGCCAUCAAUGCGAUAUCGAGGGACA